AUGGAUGCUGAGAUUCUGCUCUUACCCAUCCUAGGGACCCUGCCCAGACGCUCCACCAGGGCUGAGCCAGACUCUGUAAGCCCCCAGGGGUGGCCUGUGACCAUUGUGUGCAGGGGCCCUGCUGGGGCUGAGGAAUUCCGUCUGGAGAGGACGGAAAAUAGGAGUGACUUCAAGGAUGAGAAUACUGUGUCUCAAAUUGGUCCACAUGAGACAGAGGCCAGAUUCACCAUCACCGCUGUGAGUGGAGACACUGCCCAGCAUUAUCAGUGCCUCUAUCGAACAGGUAGUGACUGGUCUGAGCCCAGGGAUGCCCUGGAGCCGGUGGUGACAGGUGAGGAGGUCUCUGCUCUGCCCUCAGGCUCCCCUGCCCCCUCCCGAACCCCAAGCCCUCUGGCUCCCUCUUCCCUCUGCACACACAUCUCUCUGCCUUCACACCUGGCUCAGGUCCCUGGAGCCUCGUCUCACCUGGACACCACGGUGACCUGGGCACUCAGCCCCAGCAUCAGGGUGGGCACAGAGCUGUCCCUGCUGGGCUGGCGGGGAGAGCGCUUCCAGAGACGGGGCCUGCCGACAGAGCAUGUUUCUAUUCUCAUUGGGGUCCCUGUGGCCUUUCUCCUUUGUCUCCUCCUCCUGGGCCUUUUCCUCCUCCAUCGUCAGCGCAAGAGAAAACGGGGGCCCCCCAGCAGCGAAGGUGAGGAGCAGAGGCCGCAGGAGAGGCGAGGCUCCUGGGAAAGACCCCCAGGCCCCCAAUCUCCUGCCCCCAGGGCAGCCCCGAGGGCUCACGUGUCCUUUCUCCUCAGGCUCAGCCCAGCUGUGGACGCCCCAGAUGGGACACCAGAUCUGGCCACUGUCGACAGACUUCCUGAGAAGAAUGUGGAAGUGGACACCUCAGCCCCUGCUGCAGGAGGCCCCCAGGAGGUGAUAUAUGCCCAGCUGGACCACCCGGCCCUCACACAGAGGGUGGCCAGAGCUGUGCCCCCACUGUCCACAGAGCCCACAGCCAAGUCCAGCACGUAUGCAGCCCUUGCCAGAAACUGA